AUGGUCCUGCAAUGGUUCACACCACGACCUCGUGCCAUGACAGCUCGAGAAAGAACUUUCUGCUCAAUUCACACUACCCGCAAGCGCAGUCCUUCUGGCUCACGACUGGUCAAAUCAACGAGUUUCACGGAAACGAGAGAAGAAAGGCAACCCUUUGAAUCCAGCCUCGCGGAUCCAGCCACACUAUCGCUCAGCGUCAUCGUGCCUGCAUACAACGAGGCCAAGCGGAUACAACAGAUGUUGCAGGAGGCACUGGAUUAUCUCGAGUCACCUCCCCAAAGGCGGCGACAUUCGCGUGGUUAUGAAGUCAUCGUCGUCGAUGAUGGCUCGACGGAUUCCACUUGCGCCGUCGUGCUCGAGUAUGCAGCAAAGCGACAGGACUCGGGCGGCAAGACGAUCAGGGUCGUGCAGCUAGACAGGAACAGAGGCAAAGGGGGAGCAGUGACGCAUGGGAUGAAGUUUGCGAGGGGAAAGAGGUUGCUCUUUGUGGAUGCGGAUGGUGCAAGCCAAUUUGAGGAUCUAGACUUGCUGGACAAAGAGAUGGACAGGAUAGAGAAAGAAGGUUAUGGACUCGUACUGGGCAGUCGCGCUCACAUGGUCAAGACUCCGGCAGUCAGAUCGGCAUUGCGCAACAUUCUCAUGCGCUGCUUCCAUGCCUACUUGCAUAUCAUGGGCAUCUCGACCGUCAAGGACACCCAGUGCGGCUUCAAGCUGCUCACGCGUCCGACCGCGUCCAUCGUCUUUACGAACAUGCAUGUCGAGGGCUGGAUCUUCGAUAUAGAAUUGAUACUCAUUGCUACCUUUAUCGAUGCGCCAACAUCGGAAGUCGCGAUAAGGUGGAAAGAGGUAGACGGGAGCAAGAUGCAACUGGCGAGGGAUAGCAUAGCCAUGGCGCUCGAUCUGCUCGUCAUUCGGGCCAACUACAGCCUGGGACGCUGGCCGCUACCCACACGAGAGCAACCGCAAUUAGACAGCCUUGAGCCGAAACCCAAAGCAGCAUAA